AUGUCAGGCAACGACAACCCCGGCAACUUCGCCAACCGCCCUAAGGAAGAAGUGCGGGAGGCGGCUAGCAAAGGUGGUCAAGCAAGCAGCGGCAGCUUCGAACCCGGCAGUGAGAAAGCCAAAGAGGCUGGCAGCAAAGGUGGUCAUGCGAGCAGUGGCAGCUUUGAACCUGGGAGUGAGCAGGCCAAGGAGGCUGGCAGAAAGGGCGGGUCUGCAAGUUAG